UUUUCAGGAUGAAUGGGGAUGUGCAGUCAGUCAUUCGCGGAUAUCUGGAGCGAGCCCAAGUCGCGAAAACAAUGUCCGAUGCCGGACGAUGGAAUGAGGCUGGUGAUCUUCUUCGUCAGCUCAUGACAGAUGUCAAAAGCUGUAAAAUUUCGGCAAGCAACAGAGACGAGCAUGACGCAAGAAAUACAUUCCUACGAGCCCUAGAGGCUAAUUUGAAGCUUGUCCAACAAAAUGUGCGCGAUGAAGAUGACCUACACGAGGCGAUGACGCGACAAAGUGGAAGUCCAGAGCCACCUGCAGACCCAGAUGUUUGGUCCAAACCAUCGCCACCGUUACCAUCCUCAUCGAAAUUUGGAGCAACAAAGAAAGGAGUUGGAGCAGCAGGUCCACGUCCCAGAGAAAUAUCAAAGUCAACGUCGUCGAUGAGCACGAAUCCGGCUGAUGUGAAGCCUGCGAAUCCAACACAAGGAAUACUGCCUCAAAAUAGUGCUGGAGAUUCAUUCGAUGCAUCGGCUUAUGAUGCGUACAUUGUUCAAGCGGUGCGUGGUACAAUGGCUACAAAUACGGAAAAUACAAUGUCUUUAGAUGAUAUAAUCGGAAUGCACGACGUGAAGCAAGUUCUGCACGAAGCCGUCACUCUUCCACUCUUGGUGCCAGAAUUCUUCCAGGGUCUCCGUUCACCAUGGAAAGCAAUGGUUCUCGCUGGACCACCUGGAACUGGAAAGACUCUUAUCGCACGUGCGAUUGCUUCAGAGUCUAGUUCAACUUUUUUUACCGUUUCCUCGACUGAUCUGUCCAGCAAGUGGCGUGGUGAUUCCGAGAAGAUUGUUCGUCUGUUAUUCGAACUUGCACGGUUCUAUGCUCCAUCCAUAAUCUUCAUCGAUGAGAUUGACACACUUGGUGGACAACGUGGAAAUUCUGGAGAACACGAAGCGAGUCGGCGUGUUAAAUCCGAGUUUCUGGUACAAAUGGACGGGUCACAGAAUAAAUUCGAUUCGCGACGUGUAUUCGUGCUGGCCGCCACAAAUAUUCCAUGGGAGCUCGAUGAGGCACUCCGAAGACGUUUCGAAAAGCGAAUCUUCAUUCCACUGCCAGAUAUAGAUGCAAGAAAGAAGCUUAUCGAAAAAUCAAUGGAAGGAACUCCGAAAUCCGAUGAAAUUAACUAUGAUGACUUGGCGGCAAGGACUGAAGGAUUCUCAGGAGCUGAUGUUGUGUCUCUAUGCAGAACUGCUGCUAUCAAUGUGUUGAGAAGAUAUUUCAGAUACGACACCAAAUCAUUGCGAGGCGGGGAACUGACAGCUGCAAUGGAAUCACUGAAAGCCGAACUCGUGAGGAACAUUGACUUUGAAGCAGCUCUUCAAGCAGUUUCACCAAGUGCUGGUCCAGAUACAAUGCUCAAAUGCAAAGAAUGGUGUGACUCUUUUGGUGCCAUGUAAAUCAACUAUUUAUUGUGAUCUCCUUUUAGUUUAAAAUAUUGUGGCCUAGCUUUGGUUUUUGAAACUCUGAAACAUUGUACAGAUAAAAUUUUCAAGGCCACCUUCAUCCAAACAUCUCUCCCCGAUUCACUCUUUCCUGUAAAAUACUUAUUGGUUAAAUUUGUAUGUAAAAUGAAUCAUUUUGCCACUCACUGGAUUAUUUGGAAAUAUAUAAAA